AUAGGUCUGGAAGAAAUAGGUGAUGCUAUUUUGGGUUCCAAGAAGAGAAACUUAGCAACUGGUCCUAUCAACGCCUCAGAUUUUGAUUGGAAUGCAGUGGAGACUUGUGUUCUUUGUGGAUCUUCCCAACCACCCUACGAGAAUGAAGAUGACCUUCAGGAUCAGAAUGGGAGCAUGAGCAUGGACAACUUAGCUGAGGCCAAUGGGCUGGAUGACACAAGUAGUGAACCUGACACUCGGCCUGAAUCACCUACUGAGGGGGCCUCCAAUGUUGAUGAACCAUUGGAUUUGAGCAUCAAGUCAGGUUCCCCUGUGCCCAAUGAUCAACACGUUCCACUUCCAAAAAUUCUUCCACCUAUCUUGAAAACUGCUUCUGUCAAUCAUAGGUAUUCAAAAAAGAAUGAAGGUCUCAGCACUAGGCGUGCUUACUCCAGUGUUGAUCUUCAAGCUGCACUCAAUGACAUCAGAAGUGGCAAAUUGGGCACAAGGAGAGCAGCUAUGCUUUAUGGGAUCCCUCGCUCCACGCUUCGUAACAAAGUUUACAAGUUGAAGACCUUAGAGCCUGGAGAUACUGAACUUGAUCAGAAGAUUGAAAACUCUCCAAGCCAGGCCUUGAAAAACAUGCUCAAAGCUCAUCUGUCAGAAAAGGCAUGUGGUUCUCGAGAAAGCAGUAGUUCUCCUCAGUCUGGAGUAGCUAGUGAUCGUGAGGACUUCAGUGAUGAGGCUCUGGCAACAAGUGGGAAAUCCUCAAUAGUCCAGGGCUUCAUGAAAUACAUGGCUGGUUACAAGAAUCAUCAGUCAAAGCCCAAGUGCCAAAAUGAAGAAUCUGAUGAUGUGAGGUCAUUGCUUCUAAAUCCUUUCUCUUCCAGUGUUUGUCCGUCCAAAAACGAGAGCAGCUUGACCAAGACUAGUUUGGUGCUUGGUGGCAACUUGGACCCUCCCAAUGGGUGUCCCUCUCCCUGUGAUGGUGAUCAUGUUGGUGAGAAUAGUGUUGGCUCGAGUGAUCAAGGUAAAGAUGCUAGCAGUGAGAAACCUUUGUCUAGUCAGUCUGUGAUCUCCAAUGGAGGAAGUUUGGAAAAAGCUCCUGGAACUGUAGCUAGUGGUGUAGAGUUAAGUCUGAAAGAUAUGAUUGCCAAAACCAUCACACGGAGGCUCAUGUCUUCUGCACCAAAAGCAGAAGUCAUUUCUUGUAGAUCAGGUUCACAAAAGCCUGAAAAAGUAUCAAAGGAGCCGGAAGCCCACUACAAAAAAGAUGAUAAUGCACGGAAAAAGCGAACCAAGAGGGGGAAAUAUCGUAAUUACGAUCAAGAUAGCCUAGUGGAAGCAGUUCGAGCCGUACAGAGAGGAGAAAUGAGUGUCCACAAAGCAGGCACAUACUAUGGUGUGCCACAUUCCACACUUGAGUACAAGGUGAAGGAGCGGCACCUUCUCAGGCAGAGGAAAAGACCUGCUAAGUCCAGCACUGACCAAUCAAAGUACCAAGCAAUUGCUCCUAAACCAGUCAAAAAGCAGGAAUCUCCUCAGCUGGCCAUUCCAUUCCCCAAGCAACAAGCCAAAGAAGCAAAGGUAACAGAUCCCCAUCACAAGUGGAGCAGCUCCAGCUUGUCAACACCACCAUCAACAGGGAAGGCAAAUGGAAUACAGUCUACCCUCUUUCCACCCUCUGCUGCGGCCUACCCCAGCAUGGCGUCUCAGUUGCCAUUUUCUCCAUUCCUUUUCUGGCCUCCAGGCUCUUCAUUCCUCCUGGAUCCCAACAUCAGUCAAGAUCCUUUAUUGGCAUCCCAGUGCCUACGACAGUUAUAUGAUGACUUGCACUUGCAGUCCUGGCUCAAUGCAUUGGGGAAGCAAGAAGGGAAAAGUUCUGAGGAACUUGAAAAAGGUGAAAAGAAGGUUACCAGCUCUACAAAUGGGUUGGAUUCUGACUUGGGGGAUCAUAGUCUCCAGGAUGAUCUCAGAGUUGCCAUUCGUGAGAUGGAAAAUGCUGUGAUGGAAGAGGGU